AUGCCCCCAGCCGCCGCCGCGCGCCGCAACUCCCGUUCCCGCCGGCGUGGCGCCGUCGACUCGAAAGCCCGGUCUUUCGUUCCUCCGGCAGGAAGGGGCCUUCGCGUCGGGAUCGUCGCCAAGAUUGCGGCACCCGAAACUGCCGAGACGACGCGCGGGCUGACCCGCUGGCUUCGGAGCCAAGGCGCGAACGUCACGCUGGAGGAAAAACUCGCGGAGUCGAUCGGCGGCGACGGAGCCUCGGUUCCGCUCCCAGCGAUCGGGCAGGACCGGGACAUGGUGCUGGUUCUCGGCGGUGACGGCACCCUCCUCUCGGCGGCGCGCGCGCUGGGCGACCACCAGGUCCCGAUCUUCGGCGUCAAUCUGGGGAGCCUCGGCUUCCUCACCAACGCGCCGAUUGACCAGUUGUACCCGGGACUGGAAAAGAUCCUGGCGGGCCAGGGAGUUGUGGACGAACGCACGACGCUGCGAAUCUCCCUCCUCCGCGAGGGCGAGACCCUGCAGGAGGAGAUGUCCGUGAAUGACGUGGUCAUCACCGGAAGCUCGAUCGCCCGCGUGCUCGAGGUACGCAUCACCACCGCCCAUGGCUUCGUUGCCACCGUGCUCGGCGACGGCGUCAUCAUCGCGACUCCGACCGGAUCCACCGCUUACAACAUCGGGGCCGGGGGACCGGUGGUUCAUCCCGCCGUCGAGGCGAUCAUUCUGGCCCCCAUCGUGCCGCUGACCCUGACCCAGCGGCCGGUCGUCUUCCCGGACACCGAGGAGUUGACCCUGACGCUGCGGGGCCGUCGCCGGCAGGUCCACGUGACCUUCGACGGGCAGGCGAGCUAUCCCAUGCUCCCCGGGGACGCCCUGAGAGUCCGCAAGUCCGAUGUCCGGAUGCAGCUUCUCAGCCUGCCCGAAACGAACUACUUCCGGGUGCUCCGCAAGAAACUGCUCUGGAGCGCCCUGCCCCCGAAACGCGCCCGGGCGCUCGUACCCGAACCCCCGACCGAAUCCUGA